CAAACCCACUUCGCAUGUUCCUUCCAAACCCACCAUUUUUCUUCGUUACCACCACAACUUUCUUCGCCCUCUUCAACUUCAAGCUACUUCCUCCCACUCUUCUUCUUCCUUUCCAUUCAGGCCAAGAGAAGAGACAUGAAUGGAAGUGAACUUUUGUUCCCAAUGAAAAUUUCCUGCUGCUAUGUUAUUCAACAUUGCUGGUGAGAGCAUGAAGUGAUGCAGAUAAUCCAAGCAUCCAAUUUCUUCAUCUAGAAAUUGUUAAGUCUCUAGUGAGAGUUGCUUUUACAACAAGAGAGAAACCUCUCCUCGCUUACGAAAAAUGGGAUUUGGGUCCUAAAUAGCAAGAAUCGGAAAUGAAAAUUACAGUAGUAGGACUGGAACUAUGGCAACCAGACAUUUAGGUAAAACAAGAGUGGAUGAAAGUAGGAGCUUGACUUUAGACUGCAUCAGACACUCUUUGAUUAGGCAGGAAGAUAGCAUAAUAUUCAAUCUUUUGGAGAGAGCUCAAUAUUCUUAUAAUGCAGACACAUAUGACAAAGCAUUCUUCUCAGAUGGUUUUCAUGGCUCUUUGGUUGAAUAUAUGGUCCACGAAACUGAAAAGCUUCAUGCACAGGUGGGAAGAUAUACAAGCCCGGAUGAGCAUGCUUUCUUCCCUACAAACUUACCUGAGCCACUGCUUCCUCCCAUGAAGUACCCACAGGUUCUGCAUCACUGUGCCAAUUCAAUCAAUCUAAACAAAAUGAUUUGGAAUAUGUAUUUUAAGGAGCUCCUUCCAAGAUUGGUAAAAGCAGGAGAUGAUGGUAACAGUGGAUCAGCUGCGGUCUGUGACACUCUUUGCUUGCAGGCUCUCUCAAAGAGAAUCCACUAUGGUAAAUUUGUUGCUGAGGCAAAGUUUCAAGAAUGUCCUUCUGUAUAUGAGGCUGCCAUUAAAGCGAAAGACAGGAAACGGCUACUGGAGUUGCUGACAUAUGAAUCAGUGGAGGAAUCGGUGCAGAAGAGAGUAGAAAUGAAGGCAAGAACAUUUAGUCAAGAGGUAAAGAUCAAUGAAGCUGGUGAUGUAGCUGAUCCUGUAUAUAGAAUCAAGUCAGGUUUGAUUGGCAAUCUUUAUGGUAAAUGGAUAAUGCCUCUCACAAAAGAAGUGCAGGUUGAAUACCUGUUGCGAAGACUUGAUUAAACAGAAGAAGAUGGCUUCGUCUUUUUAGAACUUAAUCAAGUAAUUUUUGCUUUUCAAUUCUUAGAACUUGAUGCAAAUACUCAAGAACUCUAGGUUGAGGAAAGUUUUCACCUAUUUCUUGAGUGGAGGAGAAUGAUGAAGGGUGUGUUUAUCGGAUUUUUUUUUUCCUUUAAAUUUUGUGACUUUUUAGGUUGAGGAAUUAUCUCUUAUUCAUGAUCAAGAUUCAGGGAUAGUUGGACUUUUAUUAUUCUCAGAAUUUAAGUAUUUCUUCAAGUAUAUUAUCAUAAAGUGAAAUAUUGCAUUUGUGAUUGAACAAAA